GGCCUGUUGAUUUUCUGGUUGAAGGAAAGGUGGAGACGCUUGAGGAAAUCAAGCAAUCUGAGCAGCGCCACUUCCACCGAGAGGCUUUUGCCCAACGACGGUGGUACGGAUAUCCUGAGCCGUAGCGUCUUCGAAUUUGGGCCAGGGUACCACAGUACAGCCCUGAACUACGUGAUUUUCCUUCGCGUUGCUGCUGAGCUUUGUAGCAUGCUGGCACUUGUUUCUGCCAUUGUGGUGGUACCCUACUGGGGUGUGGAACCCAUUUUGUUUGGGGGCUUUGGUGGACAUAUCUCCUUGGCCGAGGGCAUUGAUGCAAACGGCAUAUGCCUAGUCUGUGCGUUGGCGUUCCUCUCAGGGAUUCUGGUCUUGAUCUUUGCACAGCGCAUGAAGCGUCACAUGCGGAUACGCGGUGCAAUGUAUCCCAAGUUGAUUCCUUGUUUGGAUCGCUCUCUUUGGUUGACGCAUUUGCCGGUUGGCGACUACUUGACAGGCAAGCGCUUUACUCUCGAAGAAGAGGACUUUACCCGUGUGGAAGAGUUAUUGAAACGCGCUAUUGAGGAGCACGUGAGGCAAGUGAGACAGAACACUGGAAACCCCUUGGCUGUGGGCACCAGUACAGUUGUCCGUGUGCACGUGGCCUUUGUGGUGGAUGACUACUUGGCAGUAGAUGUCAAGCACAGCGAAGAAAAAGAGAGGCUCAACACUCGCGUGGCGUAUUUGAACAAACUUCGGCCGAAGGAGAAGACGCUGUGGAAUUGCUGCACUAGGCCGCUGCAGGAUCUCCAUAUUUGGUGGACAACCCGACAAGUCCGGAGUUUGGAUGACAAGGUCGACAAGCUGCGGAGCCAACUGGAAGCCUUCGAAAAGAACAAGAAGGAAAUGAGCGGAUCUGCCUUUGUGACCUUCAAGGAGAAAGGAUUUAAACAGCUCCUCUUGGAAGAUUUGCCCAGCUGCUGGAAGAUCCAGAGCUAUGCGCAUUUCAACUUCGGUCAGCCACCCUUUGCAUCUGUGACGUUGAGGUGCCAACGAGCCCCUCAUCCCGCUGAUGUUUUGUGGGAGAACCUGCACAUCUCGUAUCGGCAAAGGCUAGUGCGAUUCGCAUGCGGGUCGCUUCUACUUCUGAUCUUCAUGUUGGUCCUGGUGACCCCCGUCUCGGUCUCCUCUGAACUCAACACCAUCAUUCCGGAACUACGGCGUGGUUCUCAUGUGAUCAGAAACAAGGUCGAGCAAGCCCUGGGAGUGCAGCUUCCAGAGAAGGGGGAUGCUGUUUGGCAGUGGCUGUACCUGCAGUUGCCACCAAUGGUGAUCCUGUUCAUCAACUCUUUAGUUUUGCCCUACUUGAUUGGUGAGAUUUGCCGCUUUCAGCGCUGCCACACCUUGUCCAAGGCGGAGCUAAAUCAGAUGAACAUGAACUACGUCUUCAUGGUGUUGAACCAGCUGUGGAUUCCCUUGCUGGGCUUGACUGGGAUCCCAGCACUGCUGGAGUUCUUGGAAGUGCGACUGAAUGACCAGCAUGAGGACAUUUCCAUUCUACAGCUGCUGGACGGAAGUAUGCUAAGAUCUCCAGGCGUCUUCUACGUCAGGUAUCUACUCUACUGCGCCUUCUUGACGAACACAAACAGCUUGUUGAACCUGCCCCAGCUCUUCAUGCGAUGGCUGACCAGUACACCCACGCCAUGGAACUUUGCCUGGGGAUACUGGUAUGCUUUCACUUUAGGUAUUCUCACCACAGCAGUUUCAAUUGGCGUGUUGGUGCCUUCUUUGUUGCCCCUUGCAGCCCUUUUCUUUGCCAUGAAAUAUUGCAUCGACAGGCACAUUCUGCGAGACCAAGCAUACCUCUGUGGGCCUGAGAGUCAGGGCCUCUUUUUGCCGCGCGUGCUCUUCAUCAUGCGUAUGAUCGUGGUGGGCUCCUGGUUUUUCUUGGGAACCUCCCUGCAAUUCACAGCCAAAACCUAUUUCCAUCAUCGUUGGGAUGCCAAAGUGCCCUUCGAGAUACUGGAGACUAGCUGCUGGCUGCUGGUUAUCUCGGCCAUCCUUCUCGGACUCUUCUUCUUCUGGGCCAAGGGAAACGACGUGCACAACGCCAAGUUCCAGUUCCUUCGCUACUCUGUGGCAAAGGAGUAUUUGGAGCAAAACCUUGUGGACAGAUGCCUGGAUGCCAUCUUCGGCAAGCUCCAUCAAGCAGUCGACUCCGUUGCACAUCCGAAGCGCCAGUACUACGCGAAGUUCUUCCCCUCGGAGGACGCUGCCAUCUCUUCGGCCUCGCUGACAAACUUCUCGCGGCGCGAUUCGGCUGAGAUGGAGGAGGCCCAGACCGAAGACGCGGAGUUUCAGCUCAUCUGGGACUGUCGGAGAUGGCUGUCCAUGUGGGAGGACUAUGCCAACAGACAUAACUUGCCCUUAGACACGGCUUGCAGCUGGAAUGAUUUGCGCGGUCGAGCAAACAGCGACCGCAUUUGACAGCUGG